GAAAUGGGACGGCCAGGAUCCAAAGUGACGCUGUCACUUAGGCCGAAGUUUAUCAACUCUUGACAAAAAGUAAAUUAGAGGCUUGGGAUGGAGCUGUUGCCACGAGCACCCUGAAUUGCGAGAAGGUUGAGCAUUUGGGGAAGUUGCUGCCUCUGCACUAGCAGGUUUUUUACAGCAUAGACAUUGCUCCUUCUGUCUGGAACAGCUCUGCAGGGCUUUUUUCCCCCUUUUUGCUUCUCAUGCUUGAUUAUUUCCUGACUGUACAGUGGGAUGGGUCUGUUGCAAAAGAUCCUAGUUCCUUUUGUAGGAUUGCUCUUGGCCUUCUGGUUUUAUUCAGGAAAGGAAGAUUUUAAACCGGAAAUGCUGCAAGGGAAGCGUGUGAUUGUUACUGGGGCAAGCACAGGAAUCGGCGAACAGAUGGCAUACCACCUGGCACGCAUGGGUUCCCACAUACUGAUCACUGCGCGGACAGAAGCCAAGCUCCAGAAAGUUGUCACUCGAUGCCUGGAGCUGGGUGCGGCAUCUGCCAGCUACAUGAAUGGCAGCAUGGAAGACAUGGGGUUUGCUCAGCAUGUGGUAAAGAAAGCAGAGGAGUUAUGGGGAAGCCUAGAUAUGCUUAUUCUGAACCACGUUACCGCUGCAAACUUCCGUUUUUUCAAUAGUGACAUUGAACAUGUGCAGAAGAUCCUCAAUGUCAAUUUCCUUAGCUAUGUAGCCAUGGCAGUUGCAGCUCUUCCUAUGCUCAAGAACAGUGAAGGAAGCAUUGUAGUGGUUUCGUCCCUGGCAGGCAAAAUUGGCUUCCCAUUUGUGGUUCCCUAUGCUACUGCUAAGUUCGCUCUGGAUGGAUUUUUCAGCUCCUUGAGGCAAGAAUUAGUUAUGCAGAACACUAAUAUUUCCAUCACGCUCUGCAUCCUUGGACUCAUCAACACAGAUACUGCAAUGAAAGCUACUUCUGGAGUAUUCAGCUCUUUCACAGCUGCACCAAAGGAAGAAUGUGCCCUAGAAAUCAUUAAAGGGGGAGCCCUGCGCCAACGGGAGGUUUAUUAUGCAUAUUCAACUGUAAAGAUCCCUCUUUUGUUCCGGGACUGGUUUCCAGAGCUCCUGGAUUACAUCAUCAGGAUGAAAUAUGAUGUGGGAAAACUAAAAGGAAAUUAAUGAUUUUUGCUGAUCUCUCUCAUGCUACAUAGGCCUGUGGUGCUGAAGCUGUACCCCCUUUUAGCUCAGGCUGUCUCUGAGGGCCUAACUAAGAUGGAACAUUGAGAGACCCAAAAUCAGAUUAUCCCAAUAUGUUUUUUUUUUAAAAAAAUAGAACUAAUAGGCAUGCAGGGCUCUAAUUCAGGUGGGGAUGAAUGGAAGGAAAUGCGGUUAACUUUUUGAACUGUAUCAGUUGAAUCCCCCCCCCCAAAAAAGCCUGUUAGCCUUGGAGUAAGAAAACCCUCCAAGGCUAACAUGUCUGUAGGUGGGCAUAUUUUACUGGUGAGACCUUGUGGGUGAAGAGCCUGCUAUCUCUGUCAUGGUUCCCACCCAAAUUGGAGCCCUGAGUGGCUGUUUUUAUUUAAUAAACACUGGGAAGUUCUGAUUGUGAUACUCUCAGCCUCUUGUCUAGUUAGGCUCUCUUCUAACUAAUACAGUGAUAGAUCCUGAAACGGUGGGCACCUGUUGCUAUUACAUACACAUCUGCAAUCCAUUGUUGUAUAUUGGGAUUCUAGGCUGCAAACAUGCCUGUUUUCUGAAAUGGUGCAAAGAGAUUCAACUAAUUAGAUAACUUUGGAAUGCAUGCUCAUGACAGCUGUUUGGAUUUGGUAUUUCUGACCGGCAUCCUCAUGGUAGCUUCUCAUUAGGGAUGAGUAGAUUCCCCCCUCCCCAUUCUGUUUGUGGGUUUUCUCUGCCUUACAUUCUUCUAUGCUUGUCAUGUGGUUUAAGACUUUAUAAACUUAAUUUCAGAACUGGCACAUGUAUCAUUUUCUGCAGCUUUCAAUUCAUGUCUUCUGAAGUUCACCAGUGACAAUGUGAUCGAUUCAAUCAGUGUGGAAAUAAUCUGAUGCAAUCAUACCAAGAUUUCUUCUUGCACCAGUUGCUUCAGUUGGGUACAUAGUAACAUUAGCAACCUGCAAGAUUUACAGAUGCAAAUUAAAAGCUGCAGCAAACUGCACAAUUGUGGCGGACUGAAUGAAAUCUAGAAAUUAAAACAGAAAACAGAAGCACAGUGGAUCGCCAAGAUAUUGGUGCCACUCCAAAAAUAAGAUCAGGCAAUUUGGAAUACUAGCACCCAGAGAAAGACAUAUAUGUAGAGAAUUUCAUAAGAAUCCAUAUUUCUCAUGUUCUGAGCUAGGUACUUUAGAGAAAAACAAGACACGAGGAAAGAAGUCUGUGUUGACAUUAUUUCUCUCCCUCAGGUGUACUCUGCUGGGUCUGUAGACAAAUGGGUGAAUACUGCAAGUGGCAUGAUGCAAUUUAACUAACAAAAUGAAAUGAAAUAAGAGUGACAAUGAAAGUCUGCACAAAUGUGAAAUUAGGCCGAGUGUUCAUUUUUUAAAUUCAGCUGUGAUGGAUAUUUCAAGAGAAGGGAGCAAAGCCAUCAAAUGUUAAAGACAUCAUGUGAGCAAUACUCUUCCCCCCUUUUUAAAAACUAACUUCCCCUAAAUCCAGGAGAAUCUAUAUUCUGUAGAAAAAAAUAACAAGGGAAAAAUCAGAAAAGUAAAAUUUUGCAAUAAGAUUUGAAUUAAGGAAAUUGCUUUAGAAAGUUCCUCCAAAUACAUUUUAGCUCUAUUUACACAGAAUGAGGACUCUUGAGACCCAGGAACAUCUCUGUAUAAAAGAAUAUUUGCAAUGUUUCUCCUAGUGCUGUCAGAUUUAAAGAUUCCUAGUCUCUUCCAGCCAAUAAAAUGAAAUUAUGUUCUUUUUGCAUCUGAUCUUUUAAAGUUACUGUUUACUUUCAUUAGUAUAAAAGCAAUGUUUUUUUGAAUUAGGACACACAUUGGGACCCAAAAAUGGGUUGUGACUCUCACAGAUGGAUAGUGAGGGCAGGAAAGAGAAGGAGGAACAGGGUGAUCUGGGAAGCUGGGUGGCGAAUUUGGUUUGUCUUUGCACAAUGUAAGAAGUACCUAUGAAAUACAGCCCAUUGCUCACUAAUGCUAUGUAUUUAUAAAUGCUAAACAUGAAACAUAGAAAAUAAAUAAUUAUGUGACA